UAAAGGCAGUUGAAAGUGUGGAAUCUUGACUCAUUUGGUUUGAAUCGGUAACAAAAUCAGAUCAUUGUCAUCGCAUACUAGACAAAUCAAUGAGCCAGUCAUGUGUCAACAUAUCUCAUGUACGACACGAGCUUGCGCAUACUUUUCAGGUCAAUGUAUGUCAUGGAACUAUGUGUGACAAGGGACGGGCAGGCUAUAAUAAUCCACACCCACCCCUGGGCGUGAGAAUCAAAUCCUAACUCUCUCAAGCCAGUGCUCCUCAAUAGAACCUCCCAAUUCAAAUUUUGGAUUACAGUACUUUUCAUUCCAAUCAGGUAAGCCUAAUGUUAUACCAAAAUGUGUUGUAUUGCUAGUUUGUUCAAUAUCCACUUUGCCCAUCUAAUGUCUGCUUCACAUUUAUCUACAGCUUCAAUUUAGAAUUUGAGAUAUGACCUAAAUUGUAAUACAUUUUAAAAGCUUAUUUUAAAUUUACACAUGCUUAUAGGGCAUGCCAAAGUAUUUUUUUCAUGUUCAUAUGUUUCACAGGCGGUGGUAUGCUUUUUUGGAGCAAUUUUAUGGAACAACAAAAGACAGGAUCUUACAUUCAUAAAGAUAACUUUCCAAUACCUGAAACUUGAAUAUCACUUGCAUCUGUCUAAGAACGGACAGAACCUAUUAAACUACGGUCUAUCUACUGUACUUGUGAGACCUUCAGUACUCUUUGGGAAAUUAUCUGCACCAUCUCAGUCAUGGCUGGAGUGAAGCCCACAGACUUGGCCCCUACAGCUGCUGUUAAGUUCUUUGGCGCUGGAACUGCAGCCUGUUUUGCUGACCUGAUCACCUUCCCUUUGGACACAGCUAAAGUUAGGCUGCAGAUCCAGGGCGAGUCCAAGUCCUCUGAAGGGAAGAUGGUGGUGAAGUACAGAGGUGUGUUUGGCACCAUCAACACCAUGGUGAAGACAGAGGGGCCCAGGAGCCUCUACAAUGGCCUGGUGGCAGGUCUCCAGAGACAGAUGAGCUUUGCCUCGGUCCGCAUCGGCCUCUAUGACUCCAUGAAGCAGUUCUACACCCGGGGAACAGACAAUGCAGGCAUUGGGAGUCGGCUGAUGGCAGGCUGUACGACCGGGGCCAUGGCAGUAGCCUUUGCUCAGCCAACAGAUGUGGUGAAAGUGCGGUUCCAGGCUCAAGUCAGGGGAGCAGAAGCGGAGGGGGUGAAGAGAUAUAGUGGCACCAUGGAUGCCUAUAGGACCAUCGCCAGGACUGAGGGCAUCAGAGGGCUCUGGAAAGGUUGUGGCCCAAACAUAACUCGUAACGCCAUAGUGAAUUGUUCGGAGCUGGUGACUUAUGACAUCAUCAAGGAAAUGAUCCUGCAGUAUAACAUCAUGACUGAUAACCUGCCCUGCCAUUUCACAGCAGCCUUCAGUGCUGGUUUCAUCACCACUAUUGUGGCAUCUCCUGUAGAUGUAGUGAAGACCCGGUUCAUGAACUCUUCAGCUGGAAAAUACAACAGUGCUAUUAACUGUGCUGUUACGAUGAUGAGAAAUGAGGGACCCAAAGCCUUCUAUAAAGGGUUCAUGCCUUCUUUUCUUCGCCUUGGCUCCUGGAACAUCGUAAUGUUUGUCACAUAUGAGCAAAUCAAGAAACACGUGAUGAGAGCACAGCAGUCCUGGGAGUCUCCUAUCUGAUCUGUCUCAUCCUGACUGACUGUGUGGAUUUCUCCUACUCACUAUGAUGUUCAAGCCAUGACCUCCUGUAUAGGCAGAGCACAUUUUCAUCUAAAGGAGGAACCACACAAGUAUUAGCCUGGUCCCUGAUAUGUUUGAGUGACAAGGAGCUGGCAUGAUAGCACGAACAGACUGACACUCAAGCUACGAGUCUGACUUCUGUACAGGAAAGUACGAUGUGUGACCCAACGUGUCUCCAUGAUGCCUUGUCCCAGACAGCGAGACCAUGGGCCACACAGAGACUAUUGAUACAACUUUGUGACUCAAUAAUGGAAUGAUAGUGGUUUAUCUAACUUGCGUUUAGGUUAGGGAUACUGUAUUAUGCUUCCUCGCUGGUCGAUAAGGUGCAUAAUGUGACCUUCAAAUGUUAUUUAAGUUGUGUUAUUUAUAAUAACUAUUUGUAACGAAUGAGAACUUUACCUCCAAAUAUCCAUGAUCCUGGUGGUUUUGGAUUCAUAAAUAAUCCAACAUUCUAGUAAGCAAUGCAAUUUAAUGGUUAUUACCUUUUAGAUAAGGAGGUGGUACUGUGCAUUUUACAACUAUGUGAAGUUGUUUGAUAUUUUAUUACUGCUGAUAUGCAGUAACUGCAAUUUUGGACCAAGCCUUGAAGAGUCCAAAAUAAUUAUGAAUAUAGGAUUUCCUAAAUAUGUUAUUUAUUAUGUCCUGUUAUGCUAUUUUAGAAGUAAAAUAUUAUUUUUUCAUUAGUAAAAGAACUGAAUUUCA